AUGACUAAGGAUAUGUCAAGAAACGGUUGCAGCACAGAAAUAUGUCUUGGAUCAAAGGAUUGGAAGAUAUUUAACUCUUCUCAAUUUCGACUGUUUGAAAACCGAGUGACCUGGGGAGAAGCCAGGCACAAUUGUCGAGCACACAAUGGAGACCUGGUAUCAAUUCAUAGUCAACAGGAGCAGGACUUCAUAUCAAACAAACUUCUCAAUAAUGCGUCAAGAGGAAAUUCUUCGAAUACCUUGUUAAUAAUGCUUUGGAAACUGGAUGGAAUCUCAGACGUUGCUUUAAGCCUCCACGGAGAUGCUGUAAUAAAGGAUGUCGAUGGAUACAAAGCCCUGUACCUUGAUGGAAACAGUCAGAACUAUGCAACUACACAACAAAUGAGCCUCAUACAGCGAGGUUUCACUAUCGGAGCCUGGGUCAAACUAUUUUAA